GUCCCCAGCGAAUACGUGUUCGCCCUACGUAGCAACGGCGCAGCCAAUGGGCGUCGUCGUAGCGGGUCCACCGACGGCGUUGCCCCUGGCAACGCUGCCAAAAAGCACGUCGACGUCCGUUCCCCGCUCGGAGAGUAUUAUGGUCUGCCCGGGAGUUCGGCGCGGCUGCUGUUUUGCCCCGCUAACGCUAGCAGGCUAACGGCGGAGUCAACAUGGAGCUGUCCGCCGUCGGGGAGAGGGUGUUCGCCGCCGAGUUCAUCCUCAAACGCAGGAUACGGAAGGGGAGGAUUGAGUACCUUGUCAAGUGGAAGGGCUGGUCUCCCAAGUACAGCACGUGGGAGCCGGAGGAGAACAUUCUAGACUCCCGCCUGUUCGCCGCUUUUGAGGAGAGAGAGCGCGAACGGGAGCUGAGCGGGCCCAAAAAGAGAGGACCGAAACCCAGGACUUUUCUUCUCAAGGCCCAGGCUAAAAGCGGCGUCAAGCCUCAUGAGUUUCCAAGUGAGUCCGUGCGUGGCGUGCACAUCACCUACCCCACCCCAGAGCCUGUCCUAGUCCCGAGGACCAGAGAGGGCCUGCGAGCUGUCGUUCCCACCAUUUUCCCAUCAAGCACUGUUAACGGAGGACCUGACUGCGUGCAUUUAGGAGCACCAGACCUGACCUAUGAGCACCAUCAGCAAGCCCUGCGGCAAACCAACACCGGAGGCCUUACAGCCAAAAGGAGAGGCCUAAAGCCUAAGCUCCCUGAGAGAAAAAACAAGGACCAUGCAAGCCACAGCUCUCACAAACUGCUAAAACUUCACAACAGUGACAAUAUGAGGUUGGUGUACCACCAAUACAAGAAGAACCAUUGUCAUAAACACCAUCGACAUAAUCACCUCCACCACCAUUCACAUCACCGGGGAACAACAGAGGGGGGAUCCUACAAGCAGCUUUACUCAGACCCGCACAGGACUAAGACCUGCUCCGGCUCCAAGCAGCAAUUCCCACCCGUGGAGAAACCUCACUUCCCGGAAAGGCCUUCUCCAACCCGGCUUGACCACGACUCGGACCAAGAGACCUGGCGGCCUGCUCUGUGCAGCAUGGAACAUGUCCUCGUGACGGACGUGACCGCCAACUUCCUGACCGUCACCAUUAAGGAGAGCAGCAGCUCCAAAGGCUUUUUUAAGGACAACAGGUGACUUUGAAUAAUUAAGAAUAUUUGGGGGUGUCCAUACUGUUUCCGUCAAAGGAUACAUUGUGUACACUAAAGAUGCUAAAAGCAAUAUAAACUAUUUAAACAAAACGUCCAAGAUUUGUCGUAGAUGACAAAGCACAUUAGUGCAAUCCCUCAAAAUAUAUUGAAUUAAAUUUUUGAUCAUCUGAAAUGAUUACACAAAUUGAGCUAUGAGGCUAUACUUUGGACACUCCUGGUGUAAAAAAAAAAGUGCAAAUGUGUACGGUACAUACAGUUUAAUGUUUAUUAGUCAAAAAUAUUGCAGGUCCUGUUAGACAUGCUUUUUUUGAAAUUGAUUGAACUUGAUUGAAACUUUUAUUAGUUGAUUGCACAGUACAGUACAUAUUCCGUACAAUUGACCACUAAAUGGUAACACCCCAAUAAGUUUUUCAACUUAUUUAAGUCGGGGUCCACAUUUGUAAAAUCAACAUAUAACAAUCACAUUGCUUUUUCCAUUCCGUCUUUGGUUCAGAAUAAUUAUUUGAAAUGUUCAGACCCAAACUGCAUCAAUUAUGGGGGGAAAAAAGAAUCAUUGUUUUUAAACAUAUCAAUGGGGUGUCCUUAUGUACAAUAAAAGUACCAUUAAUAAUUCACUGAUAAAUAAGAGCUAGUUCAUUUACAAAAUGAGUCAAGAAAAUUAAUAUAAAAUUCAAUAGAUUUACUAAAAAAACAAGUGAAAAUAAGACUAUUUAGAAACGUAGCAGGCCUUUGCGCUGUCUUGCCUUGACAUGCCCUGCAUAUCAGUGCCCCCUGUCUACAUGAGUUGCUACUGCAUGCAUGGCCACCUCAAAUAAAUGCCCUAACAUGUGUUCAGGCCUGACUAAACACCUUACUAACUGCAGUUUUACACCAGUUUGGACAGGAUUUCCAAUAAACGAAACAUUUCAUGCUUUCAGUUACAAA